CCGCAGCCCCGGCCGCCGCAGGGCCGGCGGGGAGCGAGCGGUGGUAGCCGGCGGCAUGAGGCGCGACCCGGCGCCCGGCUUCUCCAUGCUGCUCUUCGGCGUUUCCCUCGCCUGCUACUCGCCCAGCCUCAAGUCGGUGCAGGACCAGGCGUACACGGCGGCGGUGGUGCUGGAGGGCAAGGUGCAGUCCGUGGGGGCCCCCGCCGGCGGCGGCAAUGACAGCCGAGGAGCCGCCGGUCCCGCCGGGGGGGUCUUGGUCAAGGUGCUCGACCUGUGGCCCCUCAACAGCGGCGGGCUGCAGCGGGAGCAGCUCAUCAGCGUGGGCUCCAAGGCGCCCUGCUUCAAAGUGAAGCGCAACCACCGCUACAUCUUCUUCCUGGAGCCCACCGAGGAGCCGCUCGUCUUCCGCACCGCCUUCGCCCCGCUCGACACCAGCGGCAAGAACCUCAAGCGGGACGUGGCGCGGAUCCUCUGCGCCGACUGCGCUGUCCCUCCCAAACUGAAGAAACUGAAAAGCCCAAAUGUUCACGUCGGUGAAAAGAUUUCACUGAAAUGUGAGGCGACUGCUGGAAACCCUCAGCCCUCCUACAAAUGGUUUAAAGAUGGCAAAGAGCUGAAGAAGAGCAAAGACAUCCGGAUCAAGUAUGGGAAUGGGAAAAAGAUUUCCAGACUGCAGUUCAACAAGGUGAAGCUGGAAGAUGCUGGGGAGUACAGCUGCGAAGCGGAGAACGUUUUAGGGAAAGACACCGCAAAAGGCAGCCUGAAUGUGAAAAGUGGAACAACGAAAGCACCACAAGUCUUACCAGCCUCAGAAACUAAAAUAGUUGUUAUGGAAGAAGAGUUAACCACAACCCUCUCCUCCUGGUCCGGGCAUGCUAGAAAAUGCAACGAAACAGCCAAGUCCUAUUGUGUCAAUGGUGGGGUAUGCUACUACAUCGAGGGGAUUAAUCAGCUGUCUUGCAAGUGUCCGAUCGAAUUCACAGGAGACCGAUGUCAGCAUUUCGCAAUGGUCAGCUUCUCCAAGCAUCUUGGAUUUGAAUUAAAGGAAGCGGAAGAGCUCUACCAGAAGAGAGUUUUAACUAUCACAGGAAUCUGUGUUGCCUUGCUUGUGGUGGGCAUCGUCUGUGUGGUAGCUUACUGUAAAACCAAGAAACAAAGAAAACAAAUGCAUAAUCAUUUACGGCAGAACAUGUGCCCUGCCCAUCAGAACAGGAGCCUUGCAAAUGGUCCAAGCCAUCCACGUUUGGAUCCUGAGGAAAUCCAAAUGGCUGACUAUAUUUCUAAGAAUGUUUCUGCCACCGAGCAUGUGAUCCGAAGGGAAACCGAGACAACCUUUUCGGGAAGUCACUCCUGCUCCCCGUCUCAUCACUGCUCCACAGCCACUCCAACGUCCAGCCAGAGACAUGAAAGCCACACCUGGAGCUUGGAGCGGACGGAGAGCCUGACUUCAGAUUCCCAGUCUGGGAUAAUGCUGUCCUCGGUGGGAACCAGUAAAUGCAACAGCCCUGCGUGCGUGGAGGCACGGGCUCGCCGCGGGGCCGCCUUCUGCAUUGAGGACUCGCGGAGGCCCAUGACGCAGUAUCGUGACUCAGUGGAUUCUCUGCGGGACUCACCGCACAGCGAGAGGUAUGUGUCGGCCCUGACCACACCAGCACGCCUGUCGCCUGUUGACUUCCACUACUCGAUGGCCACACAGGUGCCCACUUUCGAGAUCACCUCCCCCAACUCGGCGCACGCCGUCUCCCUGCCGCCGGCGGCCCCCAUCAGUUUCCGCGUGGAGGAACAGCAGCCCCUCCUGCGGCGGUACCAGCUCCCCUUCCAGGACACGCAGAGGUACGACAGCUACUACCAAAGGAAGACCUACCUAAACGACAGCAUGGGGAGCCUGCCCUCCAGCCCCUUCCGCAUCACGGAGGACGACGAGUACGAGACGACGCAGGAGUACGUCACAGCGCUAGAGCAGCCAAAGAAAACAGCCAGCAGCAACAGACGGUGGAAAAAAUCCAAACUGAACGGGCACGUCCCUCACAGAGCCAGAGCCGUCCGGGACUCCUUCUCCUUGAGCAGCGCCUCUUACAGCGAGUCUGACGAGGAGCUGGUGGCCGAGAGCACCCCUUUCCUAAGCACUCAGAACAAUGAGGCGGCGCACACAGAGUCGCCCCCGCUCCACCGGCCGGGCGACAGCCGGACUCACUACUCCUGCGGCAGACACAGCGCGCACACGGAGAGCGGGCGCAGCAGCCUGGCGCACACGACGCCCAAACCGGACCCGCAUCCUCUCUAGGCGCCUCCCAGACUCGCGCGCCCGCAGACGUAACCCGCAUGGAGGAGGCCGAGGAGGGAGGCGAGACACAACAAAACAAAAAUAAAUAUUUUUAUUUUAUAUAAAAGAGGGAAAAAAUAUAACAAAU